CCUCUGUGGCUGCUAUUAAAACCCUUAAUGUUUGACUCAAGGAUCACACCUGUCUCAGCUAUGAAACUGCUGGUUCUGAUUUUGUGCUUCACAGUAUUGUGUUCCUCCACCCCUGUGUCUGAGGAGAGGAUACGAGUUAAACGCUCAGAUGACAGCGAUGAGAUGAAUCAGAACUACAUGCAGCCUCAGUAUCAGUACCAGCAAAUUCAGAUCCCCAUUCCAGUGCCAUAUCCACGGCCUUUUGCGUUCCCUAUACCUGUCAUCCCACCUAUCCCUCCUGUCAUCCCACCUGUCAUCCCACCUAUCCCUCCUGUCAUCCCUCCUGUCAUCCCACCUGUCAUCCCACCUAUCCCUCCUGUCAUCCCACCUGUUAUCCCACCUCUCGUCCCACCUGUCAUCCCACCGAUCCCACCUAUCCCACCUAUCAUCCCUCCAAUCGGAAAAUGACACAGACAACCUGCUG